AUGCAAGCCCUGCUCUGGCUGGUGAGUCACUGACAUCACACGCGACGGCAGGCGAUAUGGGCAACUGAUUUUUGCUAACCUGUGCAUGUCUCUAGUAUGCCCUCGCCCUAUUGCCCGCUGGCUUGGCCGCUCCCAUAACACCUUUCCACGAGGCUGAGCAGAUUCUGGUGCCGCGCCAGCCGAUCGCCCCCAUUGAUGAUCCCUUCUAUUCCGGUGACGACGUUCUGCAAAUUCAAAGAGUAGGGCCAGGGGUUGCUUUACGCAGCAGGUGAGAGCAGUGCUGAGCGAUCUUUCGUUGGACUGGAUGAGCAACUGAUUUACAGAGUAAUCCAGACCUGUGGACUUGGCACAGUUCGGCAUUCUUCCCAUGUCAAUCAAAGCGGCUACCCAAGUGCUCUACUCGACUACCGACAUGAGCGGCGGCAUCACAGCCAACAUGAUGACAGUCAUCACACCAAAUGGCCGCGCAGAAAGCGAGACUGGCGUCCCAAAGGUGCUCGUCUAUCAGCCGGCGCAGGUACGUCGCGGCUCCUGUCCCUCGGUCCGGCUUGAGCGCUGCUGACGUUUGAAGACGAUCUCUUAUUUUUCCCCAUCUUCAGGACGCCGCGUACUCUGGCUGCGCACCGUCCAUCCAGCUGCAAAGCGGCGCAACCGGCAACUUGCUGGUGCAGGCUGAACAGCUUCUGAUGAAUCACGCGUUAACGAAGGGCUAUACACUUGUGGUCCCCGACUACGAGGGUCCGUCAUCUGCUUUUACGGUGGGCUCGUUGUCAGGCACAGGUGUCCUGGAUGCUGCUCGCACAGCCUUGAAGCUGCCGGAAGUUGUGAGCGCGGACAAAAGCCACCUUGUCAGGAUGGCCUUGAUGGGAUAUAGCGGCGGGGCGCUUGCAAGCGGCUGGGCUGCCCAGCAGCUUGAAAAGUAUGCUCCAGAGCUGUCGGGAAAUUUUGUUGGAAUGGUCCUCGGAGGCAUCCCCGUCAAUGUCAAGAACAUUCUGCUGAAACUCAACAAAGGGGCAAUCUCUGGCCUUGUUGGGACGGGCAUGGCAGGACAAUACAAUGCCAGACCGACGUUCAAGGAGUACUUGGACCAGCACGCGACGCCUGCGGGCAAAGACGCGCUGCGCCGUGCUAAUGGUACAUGCUUACCUCAGAAUCUUGCGCAGUGAGUCCGAGCUGCUGCUCUGAUGUGCCUCUCAUCACCAAUAGUGACGCUCAGCUCGUCGUUGGCUCUCGUCCCCCUUCAAGAUUUCCUGCGACCGACUGGUUUUCAUUGUUCGACGUGCCACAGGAUGAGCUGCUCGCCGCUCCACCCGUGAAGGAAGCUCUCGAUCAAGGCUCUCUGGGUGGUCUUGACGCCAUUGGCAUGACUAUCCCCGCAUACAUCUACCAAGCUAUGCUGGAUGAAGUGGUGGUGGCGUCGGAUGUAGACGAUUACGUGGCGGCGCAGUGCAAGAUCCCCAGCACCAAGAGCAUCACCUACGUACGAGAGCUUGCGGCUGAGCAUAUCAGCAUGAUCAUCACUGGCUCUCCUUCCGGUUUCGUCUGGCUUGAGGACCGGUUCAAUGGUCUCGAAGCUCCCAAAGGCUGCGAUACUCAAAGCCGGCUCCUGACGCUCCUAGAACCACGAGUAGUAGCAGAGCUGGGCUCGUUUUUGCUCUCGCAGUUAACAAUCCUGUUGGGACAGAGCUCCAAAGGUUUCGUCGCAUCUCUACUCACCAACCUUGGAAACAUAAUCACCUGA